GGAGGAGCUUCCUCUGUGGGUUGAGCUCAGCAGCAGACGGGCACGGGCAGGAUCUGAGACCGAGCUGAGGAGCCAAGGAAAGGACGAGGACGAUAAUCACGCUCACGCUGUGUUUAACCACCUUUUCAAAGCAUACGCUCGUCUCCAAGUCAAGAAGUCCAAACAGUGACGUAAAAGAUGGGGAACAGGGUCGCACGCGAGGACUUCGAGUGGGUAUACACAGACCAGCCGCACGCCGACAGGAGAAAGGAGAUCCUGGCUAAAUAUCCAGAAAUCAAAUCGUUGAUGGGUCCAGACCUGAGGCUGAAAUGGAUCGUAUGCAUGAUGGUGGUGAUACAGUUUUUAGCUUUCUACCUGAUCAAAGACUUGGACUGGAAAUGGGUUUUGUUUUGGACCUAUGCGUUUGGCAGCUGUAUCAACCACUCAAUGACCCUUGCCAUUCAUGAGAUCUCCCAUAACACGGCUUUUGGAAACAACAAGGCCAUGUGGAACCGCUACUUCGCCAUGUUCGCCAACCUGCCCAUCGGCCUGCCCUACUCCGCCUCCUUCAAACGCUAUCACCUUGACCACCAUCGCUACCUGGGUGGAGACGGUGUCGAUGUGGACAUCCCCACCGACUUUGAGGGCUGGUUCUUCUGCACGCGCUUCCGAAAAUUUGUCUGGAUUAUUCUGCAGCCACUCUUCUACGCUAUCCGGCCUCUCUGCAUCAACCCCAAACCCAUCUCCCAGCUGGAGGUGACCAACGUGGUCUUCCAGCUCUCCUUUAACUUCCUGCUCUACUGGCUGUGGGGCGCCAAGCCUGUGGUCUACAUGCUGGCCGGCUCCAUGCUGGGGAUGGGCUUGCACCCCAUCUCUGGUCACUUCAUAGCCGAGCACUACAUGUUCCUCAAGGGCCACGAGACCUACUCCUACUACGGCUCCCUCAACCUGCUCACCUUCAACGUGGGUUACCACAACGAGCACCAUGAUUUCCCCAGCAUCCCAGGACGCAGGCUGCCCAUGGUGAAGAAAAUAGCAGCGGAGUACUACGACGACCUGCCUCAGUACACGUCGUGGGUGAAGGUUCUGUACGACUUCAUCAUGGACGACGCGCUGAGUCCGUACUCCAGAGUGAAGAGGACGCUGAAGGGAGACGUGAAGCAGGAGUAACAGCCGCUCACACUCAUGGACUCACCAGCUUCUGCCCAUUAACCCUUUUCAAGGGGCGGAGUUUCAAACGUGCUUUAUCUAUGUUUUAGAGAUUUGUGUAUGCAGAAAAACCAGGAGAGAUUAGAAAUGUAAGAGGUUCUUUCUGGGACUGGCUCCACCAAGACUUCACUAAUUCACCUUAUCAAUGUUUUUGUCUGUGUCUGUGACGUCAACAGUUAAGAAUGGAUUUGUUUGGUGGCGAUUCAGGAUUUGUUUUAAAAGCAGACGUUUGUAAAAAAAAAAAAAACUAUUUUUGGGAACAAAGUCAUGGAUUAAUACGUUUAUGUUACAGAGUGGUUUGGUCCAACAGUGGCCUGUUGUUUGCAUUCUCUCAGUUCUGUUACAGGCAGCUGUAGAACAUAACAACAACUGUUUGUAAUGAAAUGUUUUAUUCAUCAUCAUCACUGGCUCAUUGUUUUAGCAGCAGUUCUCCGUAAUGUAGCAUGAAUGAAUGAAUGAAUGUCAGUGGUGGAGGCUUCAACUUAAACACUGUGUCGUGUGGUAGAAGUUGAAAGCAAACAACAGUCGGCAUUUAAAGGUCCAGUGUGAAGCAUUUCAGAGUUUAUUUGUAUGUUUUUAAGUGAAUAGAAUAAGACUUUUAUAUGUGCUAGCAGCUGAAGACAUUCUUAUUGGUCUGUGAAGGCCACCGUAGCUUCCUGACUCUUGAGGAAGUGACUUGUUACAAUCCCCACUCCAGAUGUCACUGACUGUCACACACUGGACCUUUGAGCUCACAUGGUUUUCAUAGUGUGACAUGAGUCACACUUUGUGCAUCCGACACACAAACGUACCAUCCAAGUCCAGCAUGUUGAAGUCAGAGGCCGCACGGUGGUGUAGCGGUUAGCGCGCUUGCCUUUGCAGCAACAAGACUCGUGUUUGAGCCCCGGUUGGAACAUGAGCCUUUCUGCAUAGAGUUUGCAUGUUCUCCCUGUGUGUGUGUGUGUGUGUGUGCGUGCGUGCCGCGCAUGUGUGUGUGUUUCCUCCGGCUUCCUCCAAAAACAUGCAAUACGGGGAUUAGGUGAAUCGGACACUCUAAAUUGAGCGUGAGAGUGAAUGGUUGUUAUGGACCGUGUCAGCUGACACUGGCACAGCACCCCCCACGACCCUCAUCGAGGAUAAAGCAGUAGAAGAUGGAUGUUGAGUGAUAUUGAGUGAGAUUAGUGGUUGAUAACGUCCUCCCUCUUUGGGCCAAAGUUGAGUGAAUCUCUCUCGUCCCAAACUGCUGUCUGUCUGUAACACACGUUGCUUUUGAGCCUGCGACCGCGACACCGGUGAAGUAUCUUCAGUAUCAAGUGCCUCAAAGCUGUCUGUCUCUCCUCAGUCCUGCUUCUGUCGUCUGAAUCCACAUCUAAUGACUUUAUUCACGUUGAUGAGAUGCCGAAAAAGUAUUGAAGAUUUUAAAAAAAAAAUCACUAGACUUUUAUUGUAAUAAUUAUUAUUAUUUGUUUCACCUCCUGCAGCUGAAGUCAUGAAAUUAACAAUAGAACCAAAUUACAUGCAGCUGCUGUUGAAUCAGUAUGUUUUGACAAGUUUGAAGCCAAUAAAAUAAAUGAAUGAA